AUCUGUUAUUAGUUCUUUUCUUAGUUCAUUCGUUAUUUAUAUGAAUAUUAUGAUUGUACGUUUAUGGAAUGUAUGAAUUAAGUCAAUAUCCAUUUCGUUGACAUUUUGCAGUAUACAUAAAUCGUUUUAUAUAAAAUUAUUAAGAUAUCUAACAAGAGUGUUCUAGUAUUAUCUUUGUCUCUAUACAACUUAGUAAUAAAAUAAAAUUACAAACAAAGCGGAAUAGUCUUAUUAACUGAAUAAUAUUCGUAAAAAGUGGACAAUGCCUUAAAAUAACUAAGAAUUUAACAUCUAAAAACUUGCAGUGUUUACAUACAUAAUUUAGCCACAAAAUGAGCGAACGAAAAUCCGAAGACUAUCACUCAGUCGACUUAACGGAAGAUGAAGACAGUUCCGAAGAAAAUUCUGAACUUGAAAGCCCCUUCCAUUUCGUGGAUUGUUCGACCAGUUUAAAUGAUUCUACAUCUACCGCCUCUGAGCUUAAUCCAGCUAUCAGUCUUACUGAGGUUUCUUCAUCCACAGAAACCUCAAAACAAACGAUCCUGAUGAAAGCUUUAUCAAAGUUUCCAAAGUCUGAAAGUGUUCAAAGCGCUUUAAAUAAAAAAGUGCGACAAUUUUCUUCAAUUCAAAUUAAACCCCCUUCAAAAGCAGUGCAAGAUACUCAGAAUAUUCUAGACGGAGACACCUUACAGCAACUUGAAACUGUUUCUCUUGAUUCCGAUAACGAAUCAGAAUCCGUUAACCAAUUGUCUAGUACCUCUACCUUACUGCGUAAACCCCACUUUCACAAACGAACAACGGAGAUAACAUUACCAGAAAACGACACCAUUUAUUCGCUGAAACAACCGCCAGGGAAGGUUGUUAUAAUCAAGAAGAACAAUAAGUACUACAAGAUUAUUAUCCCGCACAAUGUAAUGCCAAACAUAAGCAAAUCCAUGGGUCCGGUAUUAAUAAACAUACCCGAAGUUGGCCCUUUGGUGAUAAGCAACGAUCCUCAGUCGAAUAAAACAAAGUCCAGUCAAUGCAAGACCCAGCAGUUGUCUUUAAAUUUAGACGCGUUGGACCAAAAUCCUGAUUGUGAAUCUUUAAUUGCUAGAAAAAUGAAAGAGCAAGCAUUGAGAGACAAGAAAUUUUGUUGGACGUUCAAUAGUACUAGAAAACGGGACCUGGAUGGUUUUACUGCUUCCGACAGACUUGGUUUCAACAAAACUGAAGCGAAAAGGGCUAGAAUGUGUGAAAAGGCGAUCAAUACUGUGUUAUCCAAAUUUCGUGUGAGCUUAAUAAACAAAAUAGACGAGUACGAGAAGUUUAAUAAAGCGCUUCUGAGAAGGGACAAAAUCAAACUGGUGAAGAUUAACUCUAUCAUUCGGGCUAAUGAAGAAACCAAAAAGAAAAGGAGUAAAUCAAACAAAUGUGAAUCUGACGUGCCUAAAAAACAGGAAACGUCAAAUUCGCUGCAGUCAAACUUUGUAGAUAACUUUAUGAAAAUGGACGAUUACGAUUCGGAUUUACUAGUAACGAAAAAGGUAGUAAUUCUGAACAGCAGAAACAAGGAAGUAGAACUUAAACGGCCUACGAACGAAGGGUCGGCUAAGAAAAUGGCCAGUGUGAGGCGGAAAAGUGUUAAAGAGGUAUCAAAGGUAUUAAAAGACAAUAACCGAAAAAAGUACUCACACUUUAAAAUAAAACCCUGUUAUGUGCAAAUAUCCAAAGAUAAACGAGUGGAGGAAGCAUAUAUAAAAUAUUGUAAAGAAAAAGGUCUCGCUGUGAAGCGAAAACAGAAACCUAAUGAUUUCCCACCUAAAGUUGACAAACAUCCUGGUCAAAUGGUUAAUCCUACAAAGCAUAUUGCCUUAGCAAGCCAUGAGUAUUCCAAACGAAACUCGCUGUUCGAAAAAAAGAACAUGCUACUACGCAAAACCAUUUAUACUGAAGAAAAAUUGGAGACGGAAAUGAACACCCUCAAACCAUUUUUGGUUAUGACGGAACAGACUGUCACAAGUAACAGAAACCUUGAAUACUACUGCAACGAAUUCAGUAAAAAUAACAUUAUUUUUGUGACGAAUUCCAUUAAUAAAUUUCCUUUCAACAUUCUACAGGACGAAGGUUUCAUUUCGGCAGUAGAAAUCGGUUACAUUAAAUUAGUUGAGGCGAGUUUGUUUGGUAAAUAUGCUACGAAGGGCAUGACAUUUCAAAGGACUGAAAUCGACGGCCGUCGCGCCGAACACAACUACUCUUUGACUAAAAAAUAAACUUUUACUGUUCGAAACUAAGCAGUGUUCUACCAGUGGUCCAGUUGGAACUAAACUAAGAAUCUUAAAAGGUUAAACGUUUCAAGUACAGUGUCUCAAUUUAUAAUUGCAUGUUGUAACCUAGAACUGAUUAUUGACCACCAUUUACACCAAAACAAAGGAGCAAAUAGGAAACCCAGAGCAAGAAUGAUAAAUAUGUGACUUAAAAUUCCAUCUUGGUAAGUUUAUCUCUUCAUGACAUUGAAAUAAUUUUUCCCAAUUUCACAUAUUUUUGUAAGGUUUUCAUGUUUCUCAACAACUUUUAUAUGACUUCCCAUUCGAAAGAUGUAAGAAGAUAUGUAUAGAGAUAGUGGAUCAAGUCUGUUACUGAUUUUUGUCAACGUUGCCAUGGAAAACAAAAUAUUUUCAAUGUUAGUCAGUGCAGACUUAAUCUGCUAGUGUUUAAUUUGUCUACAGAUAUUGUCAUAUCUUUUGAAAGAAAAGAUCUAUCGAAAAACUUUUUUAAUUAAAGUUGUUGAGAAUAAAGUCAACUUUCAGAUGAAGCUUUUUCCGUUUCCUUGCAAUGGCAGCCAAUUUAUUAGCUCUGAGUUUCUGUGCAUGCCGAUAACACGGGAAAUAGAAAACAAAUGAAACAAAUAUUUUUUUAACAAAUCAGCCUUAAGAAUGCUAUGAAGUAUCAUUUUUUAACCUUGUUUUCAUUUUUUUAUGAAAAUUAAAUAUUUUUGUAAACUUUUAAAAUUGACAUUUGUUCAAAAUUUUUAAAGCGUAGAAUGAAGGUUAAAAAAAUUCUUGCAAUUUUGACGAUCAUGUGUUUUUUACUUACCUACUAUGUUAACAGUCUGUACAUGUAUAAAGCUGGAGACCUGUAUACUCCUUUUUUGUUAUUAUGUUUUGGAAAAACCUGCUCUGGAUACGUUUUCCAUUGUUUUAAUAAUUUUUUUCUUCACAAUUUAAAAACGUACUUAUCAAUUUUUUAGAUAUAUGCCUGUAUUAGGAAUCGCUGUUAUUAUUAUUCUUAUUUGCUCGUUAAAAUAAUAAAAUUGCUUUUAUUUUGAAUUAAAACAAUGGCAAAUGUUAUUUGGAGGCAGAAGCAAAUGCAAAUAUGAAAAGGUAGUGGUAAUAAUAACAUUGAUAACUACCAGGACUGAAUCGUGCAUAUUUGUUUGUUAUUUUAUUACUGUUUCUUUAUAAAAUUACUCGUUCAAUGCUGUUGAUAUUUUAUGUGACAGUUAACGAUUUAGCUAUAAGGCCAGCGUCCAGUAUCUGUUUUUUUUUUUUGUAAAUAAGACUAUUUAGUUGUCACGUCUAUUUUGUUGAAAGAAAUAUUUUUAAUUUUUGGGCAUAUUUGACACUUUGUGAUCCCGUGUAAGUAAGGCCUUUACGUAAAUUUUUGUUAAGUAACUACUAACUUUAAGCAAAUAUUUUAAUAGUAACGUAUUUGUUAUGAAUAGUACUUUUGGGUUUAUUAGCUGUAAGGUCAAUGAAAGUAGGUUAUUUGAAUGUAUGGUUUUAAGUGUUAUAAGUUUAUUGAAGUUUUACAUUAUCGUUGUGUAAAAAUAAGAAUUACAUACGUUAUAAGGGGUAAAAACUGGUAAAAUAUCAGUUGGUCUGGAAGGAGUUUUUAAAAAAUGCUUUAUUCAGUUUAAGCAUUGCAAUUAUUAUGUAAAAAGGAUUUUCACACAAAAUUUUACGUUUUUACCCUCGGCAUCUACAAAUAAAUGUGUAACUUAUAGUUUUUUACUGAAUAUGUACAUAAAAUAUAUUUAUCUAGGGUUUUCGUUCUCGUAUAAUCACUUUGUUUCCUAUGUUUUUCUUAUAUGAAUAUUUAUUUAUAUUUUUUUCAGCUCUGUAUACACUUUAAGAGGGUAAUAUAAAUGUGUAGUUAUAAA